CGCGGCAUACGGUCGGUAGACGUGGCAACACAUGACGUCAUCAAAGUGGGUCGAUGGUUUUAUUCAUGGUUUGCGGAUCCGUACUGAGCUGGUCUAGCUAGCAGUGUAGGAAUAAGGCAGAGAAGAUGAUGGAAGAGAGUGGGAUUGAGACUACACCUCCUGCCAGCCCUACACCUCCUCUGACUGUGGCUGCCACUGUCACAGACCUGCCAAUGACAACAGGUCUGCCCAGCACUCUGUCCCCCCCAGGCAGCAGCUCCAUCGGUUCCCCCUCAGUCUCUACCACUCUCCCUGCUGUGCCCUCCUUCCCUGCGAUCAGUGGCCCUCUGGCCACACCCCCUUCCCUCUCCUCCCAUCUCGCCUCCCCCUUCACCAGCAGUUCUCCUUUCCCUCCUUCUACCUACCCCUCUUUGCCUACUCAGGCAUUCCCUAUUAGACCACCUCCCCCCUCAGUUCCUGGCAUGUCGGCCCCUCCUGUAGGCCCGCCCAUGUCCAGCUUUUCCAUGAGUGCAGGAUAUGACAUUACACGGGGUCACGCCGGCAGAACGCCACAGACACCACUUAUGCCAACAUUCUCCAGUCCUCCCGCCAUGCCAGGAGUAGUGUCAAGCCCACUGGUUCAGCAGCCAGCCAUGACAGGAGGAUUAGGUACUGGAUCUCCCAUCACUUUCCCAGAGGAGCAGGAAGAUCCCAGAGUGUCUGGAGACAUCAACACUGGUGGAGGCAUAUGGGGUUUUUUCAAGGGAGUAGCAGGUAACCCUGUUGUAAAGACAGUCCUGGACAAAACCAAGCACUCUGUAGAGUCCAUGAUCACCACUCUGGAUCCUGGCAUGGCUCCAUACAUCAAGUCUGGCGGAGACAUUGACAUUGUAGUGACUUCAGAUAAGGAGACUAAUGUGGAGGCAGUCAGAGAUGCCUUCCAGGAGGUUUUUGGGAUGGCCAUGGUCACUGGAGAGCCUGGUCAAUCUAACAUUGCCCCACAGCCUGUCGGCUAUGCAGCCGGUGUCAAGGGGGCUCAGGAGCGCAUUGACAGCCUGCGUCGAGCUGGUGUGAUCCAUGAGAAGCAGCCAGUAGUCUCUUUGGAAAACUUCAUUGCUGAACUCUUUCCUGACAAGUGGUUUGACAUAGGCUGUUUGAUCCUGGAGGACCCUGGUCACAGUAUCCGCAUUGAGGUCUUCACUCAGGCAACUCCUCUGGCUCUAGAUAGCGUCCAACAGGCUCAGUCCCUGACUCCUCCUGACUAUAACCUGCGCUGGUCAGGUCUGAUUGUUACAGUGGGUGAGGUCCUGGAGCGCAGCAUGCCAAACAUCUACAGAACAGACUGGCAUCAGGCCGUGACGGGAAUGACUCAACGCCAGAUGAUCCAGAGUGCUACCAAAGCUCUGGCUGGAAUCUACAAACAGCAGCUGCCACCCAGGACCCUGUGAGUUUGAAGGGUUCCAGCUUCUGUCACAUGCUGAAGAGGUGGAGACACAUUGGGGCAAUAAAUGAACUGAUGGGACAGCAAAGUUCCUGGUAGCUCCCCAUCCAUCCUCCACCUGUCCUUGUGGGGCAAAGCCAAAUGCUUUCUUUAAAGAAACUGAUAUUUGUGCUCACAGAUGUUUACUGACAUUCCAGCGUGUCAGCCUUUUUACUGGAAGGCCAUCAAAUAUCAAAUCAAUACUUUGUUGCCACCUCAGGCUUCUUUCAAGGCGGGUGACAAGAUGAUCAGUCAGUGGCUAUUAUCAUGUAUAUUAAUAUCAACAACCAUAACACAUACUGUAGUAAUGUUUAGUUUUCUUGUUUAAUGAAUGAUUAUGGUAAUUGUAGAGACCAUGAUAAAGACUGUGUCCCACUUGUAUUCUAUGUCCUAGAGGUUGUCACAGAUCCAAACCUUAAUGGCAUGAAUUCAGUUUUUUUUUUUUUUUUUUUUUUUUAAACGAGACCCAAUCCAAAAUUCAGUAGAGUCAUGAAUACUAGACUGGGAGGAUGUGUGAAAUUCCGUACUAUUAACUGGAACACUAUAAAUUGUACUUUGUACUAUCUGACAAUUUCAAACAUUUCAAAAGCAUAUAUAUAUAAUUUUCUAAAUCCAUUUAGAUAUAUGUUAGUUAAACUAAAUUAUAGUAUCACAGUCCUUGAUUCUUGGUUGUUUUAUUGCAAAAUGUUUGCGCACCAUUGAGGUUGUGCUGUAUGUAUGCACUCAUUAGAUAAAAACACAUUUUGGCACAUGAGUAAAAACAGGAUGCUAACAGAGUAACCUGGUGAAGUCAGCGUGGAAAGAACAUUCUACUCUUUGCUUUGUGUCCUCUAAAUGUGCCUUUUUACACAAUUAAAUGACUUUUUCAUGGUG